AAAAAGCAACAGAAGAAACAUAACUCUCUUCGCAUAAACCCUUAAAUUUAAGAGACGACCAACCCAGUCCUUACGCAGGGACCAUUGAGGAAGUGAUGUCAAGAUCCCACCCCUACCCCUGCUGCUGCAGGCGUGUAGAAAAGGGAGAACUGCCCUGAGCUACCUUAAAUCUUCCGAGGACUGUGACCAGCUUACAGUAAGGAGAAGCAAGGGGUGAAUGAAGAUGGUUCAGGUCAAGAGGAUCUGUUGUAUUGGGGCUGGUUACGUCGGUGGACCCACCUGCAGUGUCAUUGCUCAGAUGUGCCCUGAGAUCAAAGUCACAGUGGUAGAUGUGAAUGAGGAAAGGAUUAAAGCUUGGAAUUCAGACAGUCUUCCUAUUUUUGAGCCUGGUCUCCAGGAAGUGGUGGAUUCAUGCCGAGGGGUCAAUCUUUUCUUCUCCACCGAUAUCAACAGUGCCAUUAAAGAUGCAGACCUAGUAUUCAUAUCAGUCAAUACGCCCACAAAGACGUUCGGCAUCGGAAAAGGGCGAGCUGCUGACUUGAAGUACAUCGAGGCUUGUGCACGGCGGAUAGCAGAUGUGUCCAGUGGUUGCAAGAUUGUGGUGGAGAAGAGCACAGUUCCUGUCCGUGCCGCAGAGAGCAUUCGGAGGAUAUUUAAUGCCAACACUAAAUCUAAUCUCAGCUUUCAGGUCCUCUCCAAUCCAGAGUUCCUUGCUGAAGGCACCGCUAUUUCUGACCUAAAAAAUCCUGAUCGAGUUCUCAUUGGUGGGGACGAGACUCCCGAGGGGCAAAGGGCAAUUGAGGCUCUCCGCAACAUCUAUGAGCACUGGGUACCCAAGAACAAAAUCAUCACCACCAACACAUGGUCCUCUGAGCUUUCUAAACUGGCUGCCAAUGCCUUCCUGGCCCAGAGGAUCAGCAGUAUAAACUCCAUCAGCGCACUCUGCGAAGUGACGGGGGCAGACGUAGAAGAGGUGGCGCACGCGAUUGGCACAGACCAGAGGAUCGGGAGCAGAUUUCUGAAGGCCAGCGUGGGUUUUGGUGGUAGUUGCUUCCAGAAAGAUGUUCUUAACCUCGUUUACCUCUGUGAGGCUCUCAACUUGCCUGAAGUUGCAAGAUACUGGCAGCAGGUCAUAGAAAUCAAUGACUACCAACGUCAGCGGUUCUCCUCCAGGAUCAUUGGUUGUCUCUUCAACACUGUAACUGACAAAAAGAUUGCUCUCCUUGGGUUUGCCUUCAAGAAGAACACGGGAGACACGAGAGAAUCGUCCAGUAUCUAUAUCAGUCGUUACCUGAUGGAUGAAGGGGCUCGUCUGCAUAUUUAUGACCCCAAAGUAAAGAAAGAGCAGAUAAUUCAGGACCUGUCUCAACCCACCGCCUCAGAUGAUGACCCAAAUAGAGUGUCUCGCCUGGUCACAAUUUCCAGCGACCCCUAUGAGGCCUGUGAGAACGCUCAUGCCAUUGUGAUUUGCACAGAGUGGGACAUGUUCAGGGAGCUGGACUAUGAAAGAAUAUACAAGGCAAUGCUGAAGCCCGCCUUCAUCUUUGAUGGCAGAAGAAUCCUGGACAGUUUGCAUGACCAGUUACAGCACAUAGGGUUCCAGGUGGAGACAAUUGGCAAGAGAGUGAGCCAAAGAAUUCCAUUCACAGCCAGUAAUGAUGUCUCAAAAGCUGAUCAGGCUCCUCCGUCCAAAAAAAUCAAACUCUGAGUGUUUUGGUUUCAGGAUAAACAGUUGCUACAGUGAGGGUAACUUCAUUUUAUUUUUACUGAAACCAUAUUUACAGUAUUAUAUUGCUUUUUUAUUUUUAUUCUGAAUAUUUAACUUAAUUUUAUACUGUACUACGCUAGCUUCUAUACUGCAAUUAUCUAUUAGAUAAAGGUUCUUCUUGAGAAGUUUCCAGUUUUUGUCGUCAAGUAGGUUUUAUUUAUCUUCUUUCUCAUAUGAGGGGGUGUUGUAACUAUCCCCAUUAUUUUUUAAAUUCAGUUUAAAACAUUCCAUGAUCUGUAUGUAUGGUGUUUGUGUAGGGAGAACUACUUCCAGUUUAACACUGAACUCCUUUUAUGUUUCUUCUGCAAGCUAGUGUAAUGUUUACUUAAAAAUACUGUUAUUUCCAUGUAAAUAACUGUAUUUUAUCAGCAUUUCCUCUCAUGAAGGUACUUCUUAGGUUUAAUCAGUGUAUUGGGUCACAAAGGAUGGAGGAAACUACAAACGUAAGAUUUGUAAUUAAGAUUUGGAGCAGUUCUGAACCUGCCCCUUUAAAACUGCUCGCUAUAUAUAUCGAGAGGCGUUAAAAGGUGAUGAAAGCUAUAGUUUCCAAUACUCAUUUAUGCACUUCACAAUGCCAAUCCAUACAUUUCUGAAAAUGUAUUGCCUUCACGCUUGUUGAAGCAGGUGAAAGCAUGUUUCCAUGAUAAAAAAAUACCAUUUGCAAUAUUAUUACACAUAUUUUUCAGAAAGCUGUGAUGGAACUUGUAGAGAAUGUAUAAUAAAAAGAUAUAUGCUAUUUUUACAUGUGUUUUGUAAAGGAAUUGUGUUUUUUGAAGGGUUUUUUUUUAAGCCAUUGCCUAAUUUAAAACAAUUAUAGAGUAAUCUGGAAGAAAGACAACCUGUAUUUUUUUUUCAGAAACCACAUAUUAUAAUUAUAAUAUUAAGAGAUCCACUUGAAAACUCUAUAUAACAUAAUAUUUGGUCUUAAAGAUGAUUUAGAUAUAUAGCUGAAGCUGUCUAAUCGGGAACCGUCUUCAAGUCUAUCAUUUUAAGGAUGGAGUAGGCCAUAUUUUAUGCAAACAGGCUGGGGACAUAGAUGGAACCUGGUCAGUGUCCAAACUGCCAUAUUGGAAAAGUUAAAUAUUCAUUAGUUAUUUUCUGCAGACCUGUCUCAAUUCAAAUGUUUUAAACUUAUUUUGCUGUGUGAGCUCCUUGGUGCACUGUUGUGGAUGAACAACAUAAUUAAAAAUGAAGUCUUA